CCAAUGGACAAGACUAGAAGAAGUCAAUCUCGCCCAGCUUGACAUCGUCUUCGACCUUGCUUGCCACAGUAAGACUCUGCUUCCAGUUGUUUUGUGCUAUAUUAUCCCAGUCCUGCAGAAGAAAAAGAUCAUCUCGAAGCUUUGCAAGCCUUUGCAGGUCCCUUUCUUUUUCCUCUCUUUGACCCUUUUUGGUUCGCGAAGGGCACGGCGGAGACUCGCGCAAAAUGGGAAACGGAAGCUCCAAGUUCGUGGAUGGCGACUCCUCCUCCUCCAAGCGCAUUGAUCUUCGCCCUCGUAGAAGUUGGCUUGGAUUUCUGGUUUUUGCUAAAAACUGGGGAAUGAAGAAGGAUAGGGGAGGAAUCAGGGAAUCGAGGCUUCCACUUCUUUCCCUGCCGCCAGUUAAGGUGCAGCCUGUUGUGGACAACCCCGCGCCAGAUUUGUUGAACUCAUCCGGGCCUCAGGAAGGUCUCGGAGGAGACGAGGAUCCUCCUGUUCGUCAUGAUCCGAACUCUUCUUUGUCAACUUCUGCUGAAGAUGAGGGGUCUGGUGAUCAGAAUGAUGUGGGGAACGCUUCAGAACCAGACCACAUUGUUUCUCCCCAUGGGAGUUUCAGACGAAGGAUCACCUCAUGGAAAAAGGGCGAUCUGUUGGGAAGUGGGUCGUCGGGAGCUGUCUAUGAAGCAAUCGCCGAUGAUGGAUUCUUUUUCGCUGUAAAGGAGGUUUCUUUAUUAGAUCAAGGAAGCCUAGGCAGGCAGAGCCAAUUGCAGCUUGAGCAGGAAAUUUCUCUUUUAAGUCUGUUUGAACACGAGAACAUUGUUCGAUAUCUCGGCACAGACAAGGAUGAUAAGAAGCUUUACGUAUUCCUUGAGCUCAUGAGCAAAGGUUCACUUGCAACCCUUUAUAACAAACGCAAGUUGAGAGAUUCCCAAGUCUCCACAUUCACUAGGCAAAUUCUAAAUGGUUUAAAGUAUCUUCAUGACCAGAAAGUGGUACACAGGGACAUUAAAUGUGUUAACAUAUUGGUUGAUACGAGUGGAACUGUGAAACUAGCAGACUUUGGACUGGCAAAGGUCACUGAAAUGAAUGCUGCUAAAACCUUCAUUGGAAGUGCUUUUUGGAUGGCACCUGAGGUUGUCAAUCCAAAGAAAAGAAGCUCUCAGUCGAACAGAAGCUAUGGGAUGGAAGUUGAUAUAUGGAGCCUAGGGUGCACUGUUUUAGAGAUGUUGACACGCCAGCGUCCAUAUCCUAAAUUAGAUAAAGCGCAAGCAUUGUACAGAAUUGGCAAGGGUAUACGUCCUCGAGUUCCCCAAUCUUUAUCAAGCAACGCUCGAGACUUCAUCCUCACAUGCUUGCGAAAAAACCCGAAGGAUCGGCCUUCCGCAGUGGAGUUGCUAGACCAUCCCUUUGUGAGGAAGCCACCUGCUGCUUCUGGUUUUGCUUCACCUCUCUUCAACAACUGAUGCUCAUAAUGUUCUGCCAGGCCGUCCCUUUUCGGUUCAUCGCUCUGAAUGUAAAUUUACACUAUCCGUUUGUUAUUUUGUUGUUGCAUCGCUAGUGGGAGUGUUCUUCUUUUGGGCUCAUGAAAAGAUACCUUCAUCAACUUACCGCAU